AUGGACAAGCUGAAGGCUGCAAAAGCCAAGUCGUUUUGUGCCGGGUGUAAACGGAGGGGCCAUUGGCACAAGGACGCCAUUUGUCCCCUCAACCGUGGAAGUUCUGAAGCACAGGGAACUGUUUCGAGCUCGGCGACUACGGGAUCUACGGCGAGGACAAGCGGGAACACGAAGGAGUUCGCGAAGGCCCAGUACCCCUGCCACGUUGUCCAUGUGACUUGGGAGAUUGAGGGCUACCAGAACAAGGACCUGCUGGCCAUUACGGACACGGCAUGCUCGCGCUCGGUGGCUGGCGCGGCCUGGGUGGACACCUACGUGACCGAGGCCCGUCGACUUGAGUGUGAUCCUCAGUUCACCUCGUGCCGCGAGGCUUUCAAGUUCGGUGCUUCAAAAGUUUUCGUGGCGAGCUACGGGAUCCUUUUGUGCUUUGAGAUGGGCGGCUACAAGGUUGGACUGAAGGUGGCAGUGGUAAACGGGGAUGUGCCGCUCCUCGUCUCCCGCGGUGCUCUCGGCAAGAUGGGGAUGCUUCUGGAUGUUGCGGAAAAUCGAGCUACCUUCAAGGCCCUUGGCGUGAAGGAUCUACUUUUGGAGACUACUGAGACGGGGCAUCCGGCCUUCCAGAUCAAGCCCUCGCCCCUGCCAAAGGCAUUCGUCCAGGGCCCCGAGUGGGACUCAUCGGAGAUCAAGAUUGUCCCGCAAGCUGAGCCAUACAUGAGUGCACGUGCGAGCAGGGGUCUAUGCGAUGAUGGUGAUGAUGGGGUUGAUGCUUCGACGUCUUCGGGAUCCAGGAGCUGUUUGACUAGCUGGAUGGUGUACGUACAAGAUGAGGUGAUGAAGAAUGAUGGAACCCCAUUUCCUCGAACACCUCGUGGUAAGCCAGCUCUAGACUACGUGCCCCUGUUCUACUCUAAGAGAGUCGGGAUCGCUACAAGAAACUUGUUGCUGGAUGUGAACUUCAAUCCCGAAACCUUUGCUGCAUGGUGGUCAUCUACAAAUAUCUCGAACGACUUCUGGAUAGAAGAUGAAGAUUUCCUGGUCCGGGUGCAUGUGAUUCCGCGGAGGUCUUUCUUUAGCCCUAUGCACUGGAGGAGUUUCCUGCCGUACAUGGUCUGUGGAGUGAGCCUCGAGAUGAGUCUUCUUUCCCUGUUCUUUGGAUCGGAAGGAGUGUCUUUCGUAGACGACGAUCAAUGCCUGACCCUCCCGCACUUUGCCUUCCUUGCGCAGAUGGCCAGCAGCUCCGAUCUCCUGACAGCUCCCAUCGUGACCCGUCCGAAGACGCUGUCGGAGUUCACCAAGGCAGAGCUCCUCGCGGAGGCCAGGGCCCGGAAUCUAUGGAUCAACGAGAAGUGGACUGCGGUGGAGCUGCGUUCCGCGAUCCAAGAGGAUCGCCGCAAUCCGUCGGCGAACCAUCCGGCCAACGCGACAAAGGGGAUGUCGGCGAUGACCCUGGACCAGCUGAAAGCUCGUGCUUUGGAGCUGGGAUACCAUGUGCCGCCCUACGGGACCCGCGGGACGAUCAUGAGGAUCUUGAGGGACCAAGGUGGGAUGAGCUCGGAGUCGAUCCUCGGCUUCGGACGCUACGCCGGGAAGAUGUUCAAGGAGACCCCGCUGAGCUACAGGACGUGGGCUCUGCGCGAAGUGGAGUCGAACGACAACCCGUCGGAGGACUUGGUCAUGUUUGCCAACUGGUGGCAGGGCGAGCUCCACAGGUGGAACGACGAGCCUCCGUGGAGUUCCGAGAACAUCCGCUUCGACCCCGAGGUGAAUGCGACGGUUCCCUACGUGGAGGACGCGAGCUCAACGGCUUCGUGGGAUGUGCUUCAGCGCGAGGCUCUUGCCCCGCCGAUGACACCACAGGCCAAGGCCAAAGCUGCGAGCCACAUGAUGCAGGUCCCCAGGACACCAGCGAGACGGAGGCCCGCGGAUGGACCCCCAACACCGACGGCUACCAGGAUGGAUCAGGACCUCCCCACGGAUGUCAACGAGGAGGUUCGCUACCUGGAGGAGAGACUGGCGGUGCUGAAGGAUCAGCACGGGAUCCCGCCCUGA